AUGGACCAACAAAUCGCGGUAUUACAGCAGCAACUGCAACAGAAAGAUGAACAGAUAGAGCAGUUAGCAGCAGCGUUUGAGCAGUUACGCCAACAACAGAAUGCACAAAAUCAAGCACAGAUUUAUAAUGGACGGACAAAAGUUCUAAAAGAAUUAAAAUAUAUGUCCAAUUUUUCGGGGAACGGCGAAAUCAAAAUAAAUGCAUUCAUCAAUACCAUGGAACAUUACCUAAACGGAAUCUCUGACUUUGAAACUCGUAGAACCGCAAUAAGGACAAUUUUCUUCGACAAAAUAACUGGCGAAGCAAAAGAAUCCAUCAUCAAUAUUAGAGAGACAGACAAUUGGGACCUCAUCAAGGACAAACUAAAACUUCGAUUCCGACCAGAAAUGGAACCGGCAGAAAUAUUUCGAAGGAUCCACACAAUAAGAGCAAACACCGUAGGCGAACUUAUUUUGGAAAUUCAGAAAUUAAAAAUCAAAGGAGACGAAUUAUUAACGUACUAUUCAGGAGAAAAUCAUAUAGAUUUAAACACAUUUGAAAUUAUAUUAGCUAACAAAGUGAAAGAAAUUACACAGGGUGUACUUCUCGAUAAAAUUUUACAUGAAAACGAUAUAGAUGAAAUUAUUAAAAUAAUGCAAAGUAGAAACUUUGAAGAUUUGUGUAUUAGGAAAGAAUUCAAAAAAUUUGACAAAGUUAAUAAAUAUAAUGCAAAAUCAAAUGGAAAACAGAGUGGUUAUCAGAAAAAUGAACGAAAUUAUACAACAAACCAACAGACAAAUGACACAGACAAUACAGAACAAUACAGAAGACAUUCUGAUAAUAAUCAUAGGACGAGACGAAACUCUUACACAUUUAAUACAAAUUCUAACCAAUCUGGCCAAUCCAAUAAUCAGAAUAAUAAUUUUCGAAAUAAUAAUUCCACACAAUCUAGAAGGAGAAAUUUCUCAUCGAGACAAACUAGACAAAAUUCAGAUUCUAGGAGACAACGAGAAGAACCAAUGGAAGUUGACAAUGUUCAGAGCCAAACCAAUAAUAAUGAGGUUUCGCACGAACAUCAACAAAAUUUCAAAAUUCCAAUUAAACUUUUGAGUUUUAGCACAAUUACAGGUGAAGAUUUCAUAAAGUAUGAAGUACAUACAUCAGCUCCAGAGGAACUGAAGCUACCAAAAGGAGCCUUGAUCCGCUGGAAAGCUCAAAGACUUAAUAAAAGAAAUUAUGAAUUCAUCAUAGGUAUAAAUCUGCUCACUAAUCUAGACGCUCUAAUAGACCUAGAAGCGGAAACAAUUAGGCUUAACAAUCAAGUGAUAAAAUUUGCAAGCAAUCCCUAUUCCGCUAACCAAAUCUGUACCCUCGAAAAAGUUGAAAAAAAUUACUUAGACCACUUACACCUCAAUCAUUUUAAUGAAGAAGAAUAUAAUGGAAUAACCAAAAUAAUUAGGAGAUUCGAAAAUAUUUUUUUCAAAGAAGGAGAUAUUUUAACAAGCACUCGAAAGAUAAAACACGAAAUAGUAACAACAACCGAUAGGCAAAUCAAUUCGAAACUCUACAGAUACCCUCCGAAACACGAGGAAGAAGUUAGAAGACAGAUAAAGGAAAUGGAGGAACAGGGCAUAAUCCAGAAAAGUUUCUCUAGAUAUUCCAGUCCUCUAAUAGUUGUUCCUAAAAAGAAGGACAAUUCUGGUCAACAGAAAUUUCGAAUUGUCAUUGAUUAUAGAAAACUCAAUGAGGUGACGGUAGAUGAUAAGUUUCCGUUACCAAACAUUGAUUCUAUCUUAGACAAAUUGGGAAGGGCACAAUAUUUUUCCACCCUCGAUUUAGCCAAAGGUUAUCAUCAAAUCCUUAUCAAGGAGCAAGACCGAGAGAAAACGGCUUUUGUAACUCCACACGGCUUAUACGAGUUUAUAAGGAUGCCUUUUGGACUGAAAAAUGCUCCGGCAACUUUCCAGAGGUUAAUGAACGACAUCCUCAUACAUUAA